UGAACACUUGACUUCAAGAUUUGGAAUCUCACACUCUACCAACUGAGUUAAGCGGCCUUAUUACUAACACCAAAUACAUUGUUUUAUAUAUACUAUACAAUUGGUAUUGAUCAUUUAUGAUGCAAUAAAACACAUAACUGUAAAGCAUAGUAACAAUCAUUCUCAGCGUUUCUUUUGUCGUUUGUCUUUAUUUUUUUUUUUUUUUUAAAAAGUUCUACAUUGAAGACAAAGAAAGGAAAAGGUCUAUUUUCUAGGAAAAUACAUCUUGUUAGCCAGAUUGUUGCUUCUACAACCCUCAACAAUCUUGUAGUGGAAGAGAAAAAUGACAAGUCAAUUUGGAUGCAGUAUUAGCUUUGGUUUUCCUGUACUAAAAUAGACCGUUAAACACGCUUCUCUUUGUUACUCUUUCAUAGUGGCGUGUCGAAGGGAACCGGAAUAGAAUAUGUGUAAAAUAAACGAUGCUCUAUUACUCAAUUUCAUGACAUCUUACUAAAUUAGGAUUUAGUUAUUCUUUACCGGUUUUUACAAGUUGUUUUAUGUUGUUCUUCAAAGUUCUUGAUUUCAUCUCCUUCAGAUUCGGUAUGCUUGUACAUUGCAAUUUUAUCGUAAGAUCAUGUUGUUAUAAGAAGAAUCAUCACACUUUCUUUUCUAGAAAUAUUCCAUGUCAUUGAUCCGAGUUUGAAUUUUCUUUUAUGUUAUUUAAGAGAACGACAUCCCUUUUUGCUGUUCUGGGUCUACUUUUUGCAAAAGCAGCAUUUAAAAACAAGGCAAGUAUGUCAAUAACGAACAACAAUACACAGGCAAUUGUUAUAGGCGGAGGUUUAGCUGGUCUUUCUGCUACAAAUACAAUCUUGGAAUUGGGAGGGAAUGUUCUACUCUUGGAUAAAAAUACUGCAUUCGGUGGAAAUAGUGUUAAAGCCGCUAGUGGAAUCAACGCUGCUGCUACUCAACUUCAGUUUGAUCAAAAUGUUCCCGACAGCGUAAAUACAUUUUAUCACGACUCCAUCCUUUCAGCAAAGUCUAAAGGCAACCCGGAGUUACUUCGCACGCUGACAAGCAAAUCUGGCAGCGCUGUCGAUUGGUUAACAGAACGUUUCGGUCUUCAAAUGAAUGAACUUUCUCUUUUGGCUGGACAUAGCCAAGCUCGUACGCAUCGUGGAAGUCAUCCAGAUUAUCCAUUCAAACCUUUAGCAUAUGUUAUUGCCGACAAAACUGAAAAGUUUUCCGUUGCACAUCCGGAUCGCUUACAAAUAAAGAAAAAUACUCGUGUUACUCGUCUAAUCACCGACUCUUCAAAUUCAACUGUUAUCGGUGCAGAAUAUGAGGACCUAAACGAAAAAACACGCCAGUCUGUCUAUGGACCCGUGGUGCUAGCUACCGGUGGGUAUGCUGCUGAUUUCAGCGAUGAAUCUCUUUUAAAGUUGCAUCACCCAGAGGCGCUCAAACUCAGUACUACAAAUGGCCCUUAUUGUACUGGUGAUGGUCAUAAAAUGGUCAUGUCGAUUGGUGGAAACACUGUGGACUUGGAUCUUGUUCAAAUUCAUCCCACUGGUUGGGUUGAUCCCAAAGAUCCUACUUCUAUGACGAAAUUCCUAGCUGCUGAGGCUCUCCGUGGCUCUGGUGCAGUUUUACUGACGGACAAGGGAAAGCGUUUCUGCAACGAACUUGGCUAUCGUGACUAUGUCACUGCCGAAAUGAUGAAACUGAAUACUCCAGUCCAAUUAGUUAUUCCUGCCAAUUGUGUACCUGAUGUUGCCAAUUUUGUGAAGUUUUACAGCUUCAAGGGACUGAUGAGAGAAGUUGAUGCUGAAGAGCUCUCUAAGGUACUUAAUUGCACAAGCAAGGACCUCGAAAAUACAUUUUCUUUGGUCAACAAAGCUUCUCGUGGUGAAACUAAAGACGUUUUCGGAAGAGAGCAGUUUGGUAAGCAACCGUUUAAUAUUUCAGACAAAUUCUUUAUUGGACAGGUAGAGCCUGUCUUGCAUUAUACUAUGGGUGGUGUUCAAGCAGAUUCACAAGCUAGAGUAAUGUCUAAGGAAGGUAACCCAAUUGAAGGGUUGUUCGCGGCUGGUGAAAUUGUUGGUGGUCUUCAUGGUGAGAACCGUUUGGGUGGUAGUAGCUUGCUUGCUUGCGUUGUGUUUGGUAGGUUGGCCGGGCAAGGAGCUGCAGGUGAAAUGCUUAAACGUCUUAUUUCCGCUGCUAAAGGAGCUUCGCAUUCUAAUUAAAUUUAGCAACCUAGAUUAUGUUUUAUUUAUUCCAGGUAUCAGUCUUAAAUACUCCCUUUUUUUGUAUGUUUUGAGUAAAAAAAUCGGUAGAUGGUUUAUAGUAUUUAAAAAAGACAACUUCUACCUUUAGUUUACUCCUUAUCUAUUGUUCACGAUUAAAAGAAACAUGUUCUUAUAAACGUAUAAGAAAUAUCUUAUUUAAUAUACGACCAGAGGAAGAGAUCAUACACUAGUUCUUAAAACUGUACAAAAGU